AUGUAUUCAAUACUGCAAUCGAUUAAAAGGAAUCGAUUUUUGGAAAGAUAUCAUGAUCUAUUGUUUGUGGCUUUGUUGACAGCUUUACUACUAGGUCUAUAUGCCCUUUUAACAAACAUCUACCUUUUCUUUUGGACCCUCUUAACUGUGCAGCCGGAUAUCAGUGAUGAGUUGAGAGGUCAAAUUGUGAAUAUCACAUCGGCUGUGUCUUCUGGGGUCCUACUAGCAAGUCUACCAGUAACACCAAUUGCCGUUUUCUAUGCGGUGACGAAUAAUCGAUUGUCGCUUCCAAUUCGAUUACUCGCUGCCGGUGAGAACGCUAAUAAAUUCGUUUACGCGCUCAGCUAUGGCUCUAUCUACUUCUGUGAUUUAUCAAUUCCAAAUCUAGAAUGCUCUGACGAGUUAACGACAACUUUCAACGAUCUCUUCUUGAUUGUCACCAACUAUGGAGUGGUCGAUAUGGCCCAAUAUUGCCAAGUUCUCAUUUCUUUGAGAACCGAAGCGUUGCUGAUGAUGCAGAUGCUAGCCAGCACUCUCUUCACUCUCACCAACACGAUUUUCGCCUAUUUCAUCGGCAUUUUUAUCAAUUUCUUCUUUGGCGUCAAUAUUUUGGAGCUUUUCAACGAAGCGCUCUAUUUCAAUCAGUUUUUCCUCUUUCACUUUGUUGCUAGUGCAAUAAGUGUACUGUGCUUUCGAAAACCGAGAGAACGAUCAAAAACUCCAACGCAAAUCACAGUUAUCUCAAUGACUCCAAUCCCAAGAAUACAU